GCCGACAUUGCUUUGAUUGGACUGGCUGUGAUGGGGCAAAACCUUAUUUUGAAUAUGAAUGACCAUGGCUUUGUGGUUUGUGCUUUUAACAGGACAGUUUCCAAAGUGGAUGACUUUCUGGCCAAUGAGGCCAAGGGAACCAAAGUGAUAGGUGCUCACAGCCUGGAAGAGAUGGUCUCUAAGUUAAAGAAGCCCCGACGCAUUAUCUUGCUGGUGAAGGCUGGAAGUGCAGUGGAUGAUUUCAUCAAUAAAUUGGUGCCGUUGUUGGAGACUGGAGACAUCAUAAUUGAUGGUGGGAAUUCUGAGUACAGAGAUACCACAAGGCGUUGUAAGGAACUGCAGGAAAAGGGCAUCUUGUUUGUCGGAAGUGGUGUUAGCGGGGGAGAGGAGGGUGCCAGAUACGGUCCCUCACUCAUGCCAGGAGGAGCCAAAGAAGCCUGGCCCCACAUUAAGACCAUAUUUCAAAGCAUUGCUGCUAAAGUGGGAUGUGGGGAACCUUGUUGUGACUGGGUGGGAGAUGAGGGUGCUGGACACUUUGUGAAGAUGGUACACAAUGGGAUUGAAUAUGGAGACAUGCAGCUGAUCUGUGAGGCCUAUCACCUGAUGAAAGAUGUGCUGGGCAUGCAGCAUGAUGAGAUGUCAAAGGUGUUUCAGGAAUGGAAUAAGACUGAGCUGGACUCUUUCCUGAUUGAAAUCACAGCCAACAUUCUCAAGUUCAAAGACAGUGAUGGCAAGUACCUUCUCCCAAAGAUUAAGGACAGUGCAGGACAAAAAGGCACAGGAAAGUGGACAGCCAUUUCUGCCCUGGAAUAUGGAGUCCCUGUCACACUCAUAGGUGAAGCUGUGUUUGCACGCUGCCUGUCUUCCCUCAAGGAUGAGAGAGUACAGGCCAGUAAGCUGCUGGAUGGGCCCAAAAUGACUCAGUUCAGUGGGAACAAGAAGGCCUUCCUGGAGGACAUCCGCAAGGCUCUAUAUGCUUCCAAAAUCAUCUCAUACACUCAAGGCUUCAUGCUGCUGAGACAAGCUGCAAAAGAAUUUGGCUGGACACUGAAUUAUGGUGGCAUUGCACUGAUGUGGAGGGGAGGCUGCAUCAUCAGAAGUGUGUUCCUGGGGAAAAUCAAAGAUGCUUUUGAUCAAAACCCUGAGCUCCAGAACUUGCUGUUGAAUGAUUUCUUCAAGACAGCCAUUGAAGACUGUCAGGACUCAUGGCGACGUGUGAUCAGUACUGGAGUACAGAUUGGCAUCCCUAUGCCCUGCUUCACUACAGCACUUUCUUUUUACGAUGGGUACAGGCAUGAAAUAUUGCCAGCUAACCUGAUUCAGGCUCAGCGUGAUUACUUUGGUGCACACACAUACGAACUGCUGUCAAAGCCAGGUGUAUUUAUCCAUACCAACUGGACAGGCCAUGGGGGAAAUGUGUCCUCCUCUGCCUACAAUGUCUAAUAGAAAUGGUUCUUCUUGAAGCUAAGACACUCUAGAUCUUAGAUUUUCCUCCUAAAACAUCACUUUUUACUGUACUGUGCUAGAACUUGUGUGUGGAUACUUUUGUAAUAACUUGUGGGUAUGUUUCGUAUGUCUCAGCAUUUAUAUAUAUUA